AUGGAGCCAAUUCCGAAACUUCUAGCCGGACUUCUGCUGCUGACUCUGUGUGUAGUGGGCUGCUCCAGCCAACACUGGUCCUAUGGAUUGCGCCCUGGAGGAAAGAGAAAUGCUGAAAAUGUGAUUGAUUCUUUCCAAGAGAUGGCCAAAGAGGUUGCUCGACUAGCAGAACCUCAGCGCUUUGAGUGCACCGCUCACCAGCCCCGUUCUCCCCUCAGAGACCUGAAAGGAGCUCUGGAAAGUCUGAUUGAAGAGGAAACUGGGCAGAAGACUUAAAUCCAUUGGACCAGAGACACUGACAGCAAGCACUGUAUAAUUCUGACUCUGAAAUUUGUGACCAAUUACUAUCUGUAAAUUGUGUGAGUUUCAGAAAUUCUUAUGCCAAGUUGCACCUGUUUGCA